CACUGGUAACAACAACAACAACGUCAACAACAACGUCAACAACAACAACAACGAGCGAUGUCAUCGCCCAUUGGUGGCGGCGGCGGCGGUGACGUCGGCGUCUGUGACGUCACAGACGCCUCCCGCCGGCGGCCCGUGUCUGCCCCCCCGGCGGCAGGCCCGGGCCCCGUGGCCCUGCGCCGCAAGAUCGGCCUCUGGCGUGGGGUCUCGGUGCUCGUGGGCACCGUCGUCGGCAGCGGCGUCUUCAUCUCGCCCUCGGGCGUGCUCCGCCACUCGGGCUCGCCGGGUUGGGCCCUCGCCGUGUGGCUCGCCUGCGGCCUGCUCUCUCUGCUCGGGGCUCUGUCGUACGCCGAGCUGGGCACCACGUACCACAAGUCUGGUGGCCACUACGUCUACCUGCUGGAGACGCUGGGGCCCGCCACCGCCUUCCUGCGCCUCUGGGCCGAGUUCAUUAUCGUGCGGCCGGCCAUCACGGCCGUGGUGGCGCUGGCGUUUGGCCGCUACGCCCUGGCCCCGGCCUUCUCCCCGUGCCCCCCGCCACUACUCGCGGUGCAGCUCGUGACGGCACUCGCCGUCACUCUCGUGGUGUUUGUGAACGCGUGGAGUGUGUCGUGGACGGCGCGCAUCCAGGCCGUUCUGGUAGUGGUGAAGCUGGGCGCCAUCGCCCUCAUCGCGGUGCCAGGCUUGGUGCACAUCGCCCGUGGCCACACAGAGAACUUCGUGGGGGCGUUUGUGGUGCGGCCGGAGCGCAGCGUGGGGACUCUGCCCCUCGCCCUCUACGCAGGGAUGUUCGCUUACGCCGGCUGGUUCUACAUGAACUUCGUCACGGAGGAGGUCAAGUCACCCGAGCGCACCCUCCCUCUGGCGAUCUGCAUCUCGAUGGCCAUCGUCACGGCCUCCUACCUGGUGAUGAACGUCGCCUACCUCGCCGUGCUCAGUGAGCCGGCCAUCCUCGCCUCGCCCGCCGUUGCCAUGAACUUUGCAGAGAAGACCCUGGGCAGCUUCUCCACCAUCAUCCCCAUCCUAGUGUCGCUCAGCUGCAUGGGCAGCAUGCUCGGUGGCUUCUUCGCCUCGGCCAGGAUGUUCUUCGUGGCGUCGCGUGAAAGCCACUGGCCCCGGCUCUUCAGCAUGAUCCACGUGCGCAGGCACACGCCGCUGCCUGCCGUGCUCCUGCUGUACCCGCUGCUGCUGUGCAUGGUGUUUGUGGGCGACGUCUACAGCCUGCUGCACUUCUGCAGCGCCCCGCGCUGGUUCUUCAUGGGGCUCGUCACGCUGGGGCUCGUGCGCCAGCGUCUCCGCAGGCCCGGCAUCCAGCGGCCCUUCCGAGUACCGCUGCUGGUGCCCGUGACGUUCACCCUCUGCUGCCUGGGCAUGGUGCUGGCGUCGCUGUACGCCGACCCGGUGAACGUCGGCGUGGGCUUCCUCAUCACGCUCACCGGCGCGCCGGUCUACGCGCUCACCGCCUCGCCGUGGGGACGGCGCCUGCGCCGCCGCUGGAGAUGGGCCGACCGCCUCCUCGCGCGCCUCACCGUGGAGAUGCAGCUGCUGAUGGAGGUGGUGCCUCAGGAGGUGGUGACCUACUGAGCCGGCCGCCGCCGCCGACCCCUUCAUGCCUCCCCCCACCCCGCGCAGUGCCUGAUGAAGCUCAGUGCGGGGCCUGUAGCACGUGUUGUUGUUACAGUGAGGGAAAAAAAGUGUUUGAUCC